AUGGUGACAUCCUCUUGCGCACUGCGCUCCACUCAGAAACUGUCUGGGUGCGAGCGGCAACAGAAAUCAGCCAUUCAUCCCCACAAGAGGCCGCAGCAGAGGCAGCAAAUCAUUGAGAAAUGUGAAUGUGGAGUCGUUGGGCGUCUGGUCGACGACGAUCAUCAGCAGUCGCCAAGAGGGCACAUUCACACCACCCAGGGCAUCCAUGCCGCACCAGUAUCCAAGUUAUGGCAGGCUGUCGGCGUCGGGUGGAUGUUUUAUGGUGGGUGGAUAGAUGGCCGUGGAUAUCUCUUUCUGGUGGCUGGGCUGGAGGAGGAAUAUGUGACAUCGUCCCACACGAUCUCGCAAGGAUUAGUUUGGAUCAUCGAAUCUCUCACUCGAGAUCUGGCCAAGAAGCAGAACCGACAAUUUGGAGUGAUAAGUGGUACUUAUGGCAAUAUAAAGUUCAGGAAUCAGAACACCAAUAAGGAAGUGACGGUGACUCUUUUGGGAAGGAAUAGAUUUGCCGUUCCUCAGUUCUAUUGGCGACCUAUUCUGGAUCCCAUUGAAAAAGCAGCCAUUGUUUUCGUGACGCUAAACAACCCUUACUCAACUACGGUCCCAACACUCUGCACAAAUAAAUGUGCAGCGGCCAGAUUCAAUAUUCCGAACUUCACCAACUUCAACAUGGGAUACACAAUCUGCUGCAGCUACGAAGAGUUUGUCCGGCUGGUCAGCAUAAAUCUGCCCGGAGAGUACAGCACCGCAAGCUUCCCGAAUCUAAUCAGCAAUGUGUAAAGGGCAAUAAAGAUGUGGGAUAAAAUUCCCGAAUUUACAACUGACUUUGGGCACAGCGGAUGAUGAUGAUGACUGGUGGUCUGGCGCCUCCAAUAAAGUGCGGCACGCGUCUUGAAAAUAGCUGAAUCGUGUGCACCCGCAUUUGGCAGAUGGCGAGAUGUUUACAAAGUUCAGCUGAUUUUGGGUUCUUCGCUCUCUCAGCUUCCGACUUGGCCAGCGGCUCUCGCCAGAGGUGCUAAGAUUCUGCCAAGAGUGACGUGUCACAGUGGUUCACAUCUGCCAGGAAUUUUGUGGCUCAGAACCAGACACGAGGGCAAGUGUGCAUUCGAGCGUGUGCCCCAUCGGGAGUGUGUGUAUUGGAGGAGCGCUCUGGGAUGCUGUGCGACUCCGCUGUCUCUCGGCAGGCGGGCAAAGUGAGGGAGAGCCGACUCACGGCCGACGAGCAGAUCGUGAUUGUCUGACUAGACGACGUCGCUGAGGACGCGCGGUGCAGAGAUUUUGGAGAGGCGCCAGUGUUUGCGAAUUUCUUGCCAGUUGCAGUACCAAAGUGGUGCUGGCACCGACAACGCGCCAAUCGCUGCCUUCGGGCAGCGAGACAACUUCUCACGCCAGAUCCAAGUGGUGUGGACAAGUGUGCCUAUAUUUGUGAAGCCCAGCAUCUUGGCCUGCACUCCUCGUGGCCACCGUGAAACGCACACCGCGACCCGUGAUUCCCGCUCACUUGAUAUUGGCAAUCAGGGGGCUGAAAAUCGCCAAAAGGCGCCACGUAAUAAUCUCUGCAGAGGAGCGAGCACGAGGAGUGGGAGGAUGCAGAAGGAAAAAAUCUCCGCAUAAACAUCCAAUCUAUUGACUAACAUGACUCUCGGAAGGAGUGGAGCCAAGAAGGAGUUUACCCAGGCGAGAAUUGUGAAAAAUUGCCGCUCUACUUACGGAAUUUCAUGCGACUCCCCACCUCCCGGACACACACUGGCGAGGACAUACACAGUUCCGCCGAGUGGCAUACACAACUGAGGCACACGUUGGGUGUUUGUUAUUGAAAUUGUGGCCAAGAGGAUGGCGAUGAGCUGCAGCAUCGCCAAUAAAUUCAGCCCCGACGACAUUCUUCUCCUGGCUGGCCAAGGAGUGUCUCCGUGUCGUCUAUCAGCUGAAAGUCUACACACUUCUUCGUCCAACUGGCUGAUGCCCAAAAUCUCAGCAUCGCUGAUUACAUUGUGUGUGACGCACCUCGCACUUGACACAGGAGGAUUCCCCGAGGCGCUCCCUGGGCCGUAGAGCUUCCCCAGUAUACUCCAAAUAGCCGCACAGCCGAAUUAAUGCAGUAAAGUCCACCAGGACGGCCAGGAGGAAUGCUCGCAGCAUACUUAAGACUUACUCAAUACCCACUUAUACGAGGCAAAAUAUCCCCUAUUUACCACAACAUUACUAGCGCAAGCACCGUAGCAAGAGUUUAGGAGAUCGCGGGACAGAUGCAAGGUGACUUUGAGGCAAUACAGUGAUGACGAUGACGCCCAAUCUGGAGACUGUGGCAAG